AUAAUUGGUGUUUAUUUUUGACGCCACCUAUUCGCGCAAUUAUAUGCUUCAUCGAGUUUGCGGUUUUCAAACCAUAAUCUCAUUAUAUCAUUGCUUUGAAUGGCAUUCGCUAUUCGUACACACAUCUACACGUAAACAAUAAACAUUCGACCAACGGAUUCAGUCUAUGUUGGAGGUACCAGUAGUAUCCAGCACGCGAUGGCAAGAAAUGAGGAUCUCAGCAUCCACGUAAACGAUGACGUAUUUGGACAUACAGAAGACGUAACAGAACCGUUUAUUUCAACGAAACAUGAGGCUGGUGACAAAGAUCGACAAUAUCCCCCUAUACAGUCCAUGAAUGUUGACUAUUUCAUACGAUCGGAGUUACGUGAAAUCCCAUUAGAUGUUGAUCACAUCGAUGAGGAGCAUGCAUCCUCGAAUACCACAGAUCCUUGCCAUGGUGCCUCCUCAAUGAAUCGCUAUUUUACUCCUCAUGGAGAACGGUUGGCAAAACAAUCCCCUUUGCCAAAAGGAUCAGUUAGUGCUACUUCACAUUCACCAGCACGUAUUCAUUCUUCUUCAUCAGCUUCACUACUUCAAUCGCCAAGGAGCAAAAGUUGUCACAUCUCCCCGAGAAGUCUGACGAGCCGAACAUCCCCAAAAGACCCAAUCAGUCCUUUAUCUCAAACAAGCACAAAUGCUUCGGGCCCUAGCUGUUCAAGUACUCCUUUCAAAUUGGAGGAAUUCAAACGGAUGUCAAGAAGCCACGCAAGAAAGAGUUUAAUGAGCAUAUUCAGCAACACUACAUUAGCGUGUCGAAUAUGUUACGAAGGGGGGAAUAUCGAGGAGCUAAUCUCACCGUGUAAAUGUGCUGGCACAAUGGGGCUAAUGCACCGCUCGUGCAUCGAGAAAUGGCUAGGCUCAUCAAACACGAAUAAAUGCGAGAUCUGCAAUUUUGAAUACAUAACUGAAAGGCAACCGAAACCCUUCUUUGACUGGUUGCGCCGUCCGACCUAUAUGACAGACCAACGCAACAUGCUCGGGGAUCUGGUCUGUUUCCUUCUGCUCACGCCACUUGCCGCUGUCAGCUCUUGGCUUUGCGUCACGGGGGCAAUGUAUUAUGGACCGUUGAGUGGACGAUGGGAAUCAGUUGGCCUCUUGUGUCUAACAGUAUUUCUUUUGAUUGUUUAUUGUAUCUGGUGCACGAUAGCAUGUCGGUACCAUGUUCGAGUGUGGCUGCUGUGGCGAAAAACGAACCAUAGCGUCAAGGUAGUGGAUUAUCAGCCAAAUAAUACGAGAGCUUGCCUUGAGGACAGUAUAAAUCAAAACAAUACAGUCCGUGAUCUCAACGAAAGUCAUCUUAAUCCAUCAGCAAGACAACCUAUCAGAUUAUCGCAUAGUAUUCACGUUGGGAGUUUCCUCGAUGAUGUCACAUCGCACGUGUCACCUGUUCGAGAUUUGAGCGGAAAUCGCAGUUAUUCCAUGAGAUCUCAACACAGUUUAUCACGGGAACCUGGGCGCAGUUUCUCUGAUACGAUGGUUGUCAUGCAACUGAACCACCAUGACAUCUAUGAUGGUCAUAACAACACUGUUGAUCGUGAAACAUCUUUGUAGAACAUUAAUUUAGACCAUUGGUGGUUACAUAGAUGUCGUUUAUUGCUUAACUCAUGCCUGUCGCUUAUGAAGAGAAAGAUCGAAUCAAUACUAAUGUUGGGUAUUGCCGUAUGGGAGACUGUAAACGAAUUGAUGUUGGACAUGUUGAUGAAGGUUGUCCGUCCAUGAUCUUCCUGCAAUUUGCAAAUACAAAAUACUUUACUUCUCUAAUGUUUCGCUUCCUUGGAUCUGCAUGUUGUACGUGAUGUUUUUGGAGGACGUAUCAUUUAUCUAAACUAUCGGAGGAGAUAUUAUUACACUUAUAAGUCUAUAGAUGAAAGUCCUAUCCCUCCCCUCAAAAACCUUAUUCAACCGAUCCUCAACAUGUAGUUAUGUCACUUUCCACGCUCUUGAAUAUUUUUAUGCAAAUUAUACAAAUAUAUUUAUUAUAUGGUUGAGAAUCAGAUAUAAAUUCAUAUUAGAAUAUUUUAAGUAAGAUAUCGUGUUUGUUAAGUGAUAUAUCAAUGUGGUGUAUUAACAGACGUAAUUUCCUAAACCUAUUCAAUCUUAUUCAUGAUCAUUAAUGUAUACGAUAUUUUUUUCAAACCUCCAUAAAAGUAAACGUCAGCUGCAUGAUAAGCCCAUAUAAAUCUGAUAACGUUAAUGUAUAACAUAAAGAAAUUCAUAAUAGAAUAUUAAUACUUGAAGAGAAGGCAUUCUUUGUAUUAUGAAAUAUUGCAAUAGAACGGGAAACCGAGCAAGAAAUGUGAAUUUCCGCUAUUGGAAAUUCAGGAAUUAAUCUUAAAAAAUCUCCGUUUAACACAAUGACCAAUCAACAAACUAAUGAAGUUAUUAGGAUUCUAUUCACAUUAUUUUAUUAGAAUUCUGCCACACAAAUGUUAUUACAUCAUAUAAAAUCUUUGAGCUAGCAAAAACAUCACGACGCUUAUACAAUUCGAUAUUUAUUGAUAAACUUAAUUCCAUUUUUAACAUCAAUUGAAUCAUUUUAAUUUACUAGGUCAAUCUACUAUUCGGUUAUGUUCCGACAUAUGUAAACUGGCUCAACCUACUCUGGUGUUAAAAUUCAUGAAAAUAAAUAACGUAAAUAACGAUUAUAAUUUUGUUCACCUUAAAUAAAA